AUGGGUUGCCUGUGCUAUGCCACAGUUACAAAAAAGAUUGACAAGUUUUCACCUAGAGCUGUAGCAGCAGUUCACAUGGGGUAUUCGGUAUCUCAAAAAGGCUAUAAGUUGUAUAAUUUUAAGGCCAAGAGAUUUCUUGUGAGUAGAGAUGUGACAUUCCAAGAGAAUAUUUUUCCUUUUCAAACAAUGAAGAGAGGUGUAGACUUGCCAUUGUUUCUGGAAAUCCAAGAUAUUCAGAUGAUUAACAGAAGGGCACCUGCACAAGUAACAACUCAUGGCACAAAUGAAGUUGAUGUAGGACAGAAUGCAAUCACCACACUUGUACCAAUGCAUGAUGAACCAGCUUAUGACACUCAGUUAGCAGUAGUUGAUGAACAUGCAUUUGUUGAACAGGUUCAGCAUGAUGAAUUGCAUGCCACUGAGCCUACUAUUCCAAUAACUCCACUAAGGAGAUCUUUAAGAGAUCUAACACCACCAACAUGGCUGAAAGACUAUAUCUAUCCCGGGAAAGGAAGCUCAUCCUCCAACUCUAUGAACCAGUGGAACCUCUAUCAGAUAGAUGUUUACAAUGCUUUCCUUCAAGGUGAUCUUGAGGAGGAAGUCUACAUGCAGCUUCCACCAGGGUUUGGUAGCCAAGGGGGAGCAAGGCUUACAGACUACACAAAUCCUUUUGAACUGAUAGCAGAAUUGGGAUUAGUAGGAUCUAAACCUGCAAUUACUCCAAUGGAGCAAAACAGGAAGUUGACAACGGUCGAAUAUGAUGCACAUUGCAGCUUGAAGGAUGAUCCAGCACUCACAGAUGUAAAAGGAUAUCAAAAGCUCAUAGGGAAGCUUCUUUAUUUGACAUUAACUAGGUCUGAUAUUGCCUAUGGUGAUAUGACUUUAAGAGCAUACUGUGAUGCAGAUUGGGCAAGGUGCCCCAAUUCAAGAAAGUCAGUAACAGGUUACUUAGUAAAGUUUGGAGAGUCUCUAGUCUCAUGGAAGUCAAAGAAGCAAAGUACAGUAGCAAGGAGUUCAGCAGAAUCAAAAUAUAGGAGUAUGGCACUAACAAUUUCUGAAUUGAUCUGGCUGCUGGGAGUUUUCAAGGAACUGGGAGUUGAAUUAUCCAUUCCAAUUCAGUUGUUCACUGAUAGUAAAGCAGCAAUACAAAUAGAGAGCAAUCCAGUGUUUCAUAAACGAACCAAACAUAUAUAG